AUGGGUCUCUAUGGGUUCGACUCCCUACCUACAUCUUCAACAACCAACACCCAUCAACAUUCUACCACCUCCCCCCAUCCCCUCUCCGUCAACAUCAACAUCAACAUCAACAUCAACAUCAACAUCAACAUCAACAUCAACAUCAACAUCAACAUCAACAUCAACAUCAACAUCAACAUCAACAUCAACAUCAACAUCAACAUCAACAUCAACAUCAACAUCAACAUCAACAUCAACAUCAACAUCAACAUCAACAUCAACAUCAACAUCAACAUCAACAUCAACAUCGCAUCACAAGCGCAGGGAAAAGGAAACGACAAGAAAAAUCACAUAACGACAGCAAACCAAAUCCGAUCCGCCCAAAACACCAUGUAG